UUUUUUUUUUGGUGUUCCAUGGGAGAUCACACGACACAUUCCGGUGCCCCGGCAGAGGUCCUUCCGCAUCCGCAAGACGCCCCCGCUGGUGCGACGCCAGCAUCGGCACAAUACCCGUACCCGUACCCGUCUGCGUCCGUGGGGCCCACCUACCAGCGACACCAGGAGCAGCCGGCGGGUUCGCAGCAUGCCUUCAUGUCCCAGCUCGACAUGACGCAACAACAGAGGACGGCGCCCUUCGAUAUGAACGCUAUGGCGAACGCUCUGCCGCAGCAGCAGCAGCCAUACCGAGCACAGUACCACGGUCUCAGCCACGACGCGCCAAGAUACAGUCCAGCUACGACCAUGGGCAUGUUCUCCCCAGGGACGCCGGCCCAGAAUUAUGCGGCGCAGUUCGGAGCGGCCGGCAUGAUGAGCACGGUCACGGCCCAGCAGUACUACGUCCCGCAGCAUGCCGCGCGCAUGGCCCAGUUCUACCCGACUGCCAUGUCGCCUCAGCCGCCGUCUGCUCUGCCGCCGAGGACCGACUUGGGCUACUAUCCAAGCCCCCUUGUCCUGAACCAGCCGCCGCACGCCGCUUUGCAGUACUAUUACACUCCCGCCGUUCCUGCGCAGGGCCACAUUCCCCUCGGACAGUACGGAGUUCCCAAUCUCCAGCAACAGCCAGAUCCUAGGACCCGGCAACCGCAGCAAGGAAGCCAAGGAGUGGCCCCCGCGGCACCAUCCGACCAGCCAGGCAAUGCGUCGCCAACCUCAGGCCGUCCUAACCUUGUUCGCGGACCGCCGAGGAAACCAAGGCAGAGUGGACACGCUGUCUGGAUUGGGAACCUGCCUCCGCAGACAGACCUGAUGAGCCUGGUGCACCACGUGUGCAAGGAGACGGCGGGGCUGGAGUCUCUGUUCUUGAUCUCCAAGAGCAACUGCGCCUUCGCCAACUUCAAGGACGAGCAAUCCUGCGCUGCCGCCCAACGGAAGCUCCACGACUCCAAGUUCUCGACGGUUCGGCUGGUGUGCCGGCUGCGGAAGAGCACGGUCGAGGGCCCGGCCGGCGUCACGGCCCCCACGGGACCAGCAGCAUCGGCGUCGCAGCCGGGCGCCACACAGGAGGUGAGUGUGGAUGCCUACGGUGGUGGUGGUGGUGGUGAUGGCGGAGGCGAUGAGCCCGAGCACGAGGAGAAGGCGGUCGAGGCACCUCCGGCACCGGCGGCGACCAAUCCCGAGACGAAUCCCGAGACGAGAGCCACGAGCACCCCGGCAGCGGGCGGGUCACCGCAAAGGGAUAGGUUCUUCAUCCUCAAGAGCUUAACUGUGGAAGACCUCGAGUUGAGCGUGCAGACCAAUGUCUGGGCUACGCAGUCGCACAACGAGGAGACGCUGAAUUCGGCUUUCAAGACCUCGGACAACGUCUACCUUGUAUUUUCGGCAAACAAGUCGGGCGAGUAUUUCGGCUACGCCCGCAUGAUGUCGCCCAUCAACGAGGAUCCCGCCGCCGCCAUCGAAUUCGCGCCCAGCGCGCAGUCGGCCAGCGAAGUCGACCUACCCAAGGCCAUCCCGACCGAGCCGACCGAGUUUGCGCCCAGGGGCCGCAUCAUCGACGACUCGGCCCGUGGCACAAUCUUCUGGGAGGCCGAGCGCGCCGAUAAAGGCGGCGGCCCGGGCAGUGACGCACAAGAUGACGGCGCUUCGUCGGUGGCGGGCGACACGGCCAGCGUCCGGAGCAGCCAGGAGCUGGAGGGCAGCGGCGGGGCCGAGCCCAGGGCUUGGGGCAAGCCGUUCCGGCUCGAGUGGCUGUCCACGGCGAGACUCCCCUUCUACCGGACGAGGGGGUUGCGGAACCCGUGGAAUUCGAACAGGGAAGUUAAAAUCGCGAGGGACGGCACCGAGCUCGAGCCCUCGGUCGGGAGGAGGCUGAUAGGGCUCUUCAAUCGGGCCCAGACUCAGAGCCCAGCAUUGGCUAUGAUUCCGAACCUGGUCCCGCCCAUGGCCCCAAUGGGUGCUAGGAUGCCGGCCGCUGUCACCGUCGGCUAUCCGCCGAUGCUCUAGCGAUGUCGGUCCCUUUGAGGAUCAACAGCUCAUCUGCAUUGCCUUGCUUAUCUCUCGGCCCGUAGUGUAUUAGCCGCCUACUGUAACUCUACUUUCACGCCAUACAAUGGACCGCGCAGCGAGUUUAGCCGUCAUA